UGGGACCUAGCCCCCGGUACUAUAAACAUACCCUCCUCACUGUGGGCGUCGGCCGCACAUGCGCGCGAUCUCAGUGGUCACCCAGCCCCCCGUUCCGUCUCCGUCUUUCCCCGCCUUGCACCGUGUCGCUGACUCCCGCCUUGCACGAGUCGCGUUGGCGCGGAUUUGGACCAACAUUUGGUGAUCGGGGAAAAACGAGGCCUGUCAUCUGGCUGCAAAAGCGAGAGCCUAAGAAGACACACACACACACACAGGCGGAUAUCGACGUUAUCAACAUCGACGGGAGGCGUUUGUGUUGAUUGAUACUCGGUCGUUCGCUGAUUGGUUGGCAAAGAGAGAGAGAGAGACAGGGGACCAAAUGGGGCUGGACGUCGGGGCCGACGGGAAUGGGACAUCUGGAACGAUGGGAUCGCAUGUGAUUGGCAACAAAUGGGACACGUACUUGGAUCUGCUGCAAGCGGAUUACUCCGAGGGCGAUGCGCUCGAUGCCCUUGGGCUAAUCCGAUAUUGUUGCAGACGCAUGCUGAUGACGCACGUGGACCUGAUUGAAAAGCUGCUCAACUACAACACGCUUGAGCGGAAUGUGACGGAUGGUUAAAGAUGGUUAAAGACGAUAAUUCCAGUGGAUCUGUACCAGGCGGUGAAGGCUGGUACACCGGUUGGUACCAAGUGGAGCCGGUGGUUUGUGGGAAACAGACGGAGACCAAUGUGGAACCGAUUGUUUGGGCCCAGUUGGAUCGAGGUGUACCAUGAGUUGGAACCAUGGUUGGAACUACGGGGAACCAGUCUGAACGAUCUUUUUGAGACCCGAUGGGGCGGAACCUGAAACCUGGUGGAACCAGUUGAAACUACAUGGGACCAAGACGGGACAUCCAGGGAAAGGAAGGUUCAGUUAGAUGCAGUCGAUGUGCAUAUGCCCCAUGCAUGAACCGAUCGUUAUCAGCUGUUGGGGGCAACCAUAGGAGAUAAAUGUCUGCUGUUGGAUCUCAAGAUAUCUGAUCUGCCGGCAUGUUGGGAUGAGCUAUCUGUAAAGGUGGAGGCAGUGCAAACGAUAAGAGGUGCCAACUAGGUGUUUUUUGAAACGCUCGGUUCCAUGUGUGCUCGGACUACAGUAGUUGCGCUAUGGAAGUAGAAGGGACGGAAAAUCUGCACAUACCGAGCAUACCAGUAUGAGGGGAAAGAGAGAGGUGGGCCUUUGCAUGUGUGUGUGGCACAGAGAGAGAGACAGAGAGAGAGAGAGAGAGAGAGAGAGAGAGAGAGAGAGAGAGAGAGAGAGAGAGAGAGAGAGAGAGAGAGAGAGAGAGAG